UACCCGGGACUUUAAAACGAUUAGUUAUUAUAUAUAAUUUUAACAAUUUUACCCUCGAUCGGUUUCUUACAAGCAUUGGGGUUGUUUAAGUUUGAGGAAAGGAUAUUAACGUAACCAUGGGGACUCCGAAAGUGCCAAACCGCAGAGCAUCUAAAAGAGUCCUGAAACCGGUGAUUGAGAAGAAAAGGAGAGAUCGGAUUAAUCAGCGUUUAGAUGAACUGAGAACUUUACUGCUGGACAACACGCUCGACUCGAGAUUACAAAACCCUAAACUGGAAAAAGCAGAGAUUUUGGAACUCACUGUGGAGUACAUCAGGAAAAAAGCAACAAACACAAAAGAAAAUGCUGCAGAUUGUAACAGAGAGCCGGGUGAUCGGGUUGCCCCUGCACAGACUGCUGGGAGACCCCGUGUGCCAGUCACAGGGCUCCAUGACGGCCCUAAUGUCCACGCUCAUGCCCCCUCCAGCCCUCUCUACACCGCUGGCUUCCAGGAGUGCAUCUCUCGCCUGACCAACUUCAUCGAGUGUGUGGAUCUGUCGCAGCGGGAGAAUUUUAUCCAGGGCCUUCGGCAUCACCUGCAGUCGCAUACUGAUGCCUUGUCACAUAUCAGAGGACAUGGGCAGACUCACACCUGGGUCACAGGUGACGUCCGAGCAAGUACAGAGCCUUUUGGGUUUGCUAACGGGCUGUACCCCAAUUCCUUUGUCCUGCAUCACCCAUAUCCAUCUCCUCCAUACUCACUGUCUCCUCCUCCAUCGCCCUGCUACUCCUCCUCUCCGACAUACCUCUCUGUUCCCUGCCACUUCCACUUCCCUUCAUCUGUCUCUCCUCUGUCUGACUCCUCCUCAUCCUCCUCAUCUUUCACCACGUCCACUCCAGCAGUCUCGGCGAGCUUAGCUUCAGCAACCCAGGCUCCUCCACGACCUCUGACCCCACACUACAUCUCAGCCCAGCGGACUCCAAGGCGAGAACUCUUCCCAAGUUACACGCACGCCAUCUGGAGGCCGUGGUGAUCCCCCUCUCCCUCUAACACACACACACACAGGACUACUUUCAUAAAUGCACCAUGGCUGUGAAUUAUUUGAAUUCCUUUCACUGGGGCUGCGUCUCAUUUCACUGCUGAGGUGGUGGUGGGACUGAGGUGAGGAAGAUGCUUUUCUUUCUCAGCUCUGAAUCGAUGUUAUGAAAUUUCUGUGCAGAUAAUUUUAGCUGUUUGUCUUUUCUUGCUCUUGACAUUCCUCUUCUCACUGAGUGUAUCUAUCCAUUCCUAUU